GUUAGUGGUGGUGUCGCAGCAAGCGAGUUGUUUACGAAGGCGAAGAUUUGUUUAUGACCGAGUCCUGCUAAGAUAGUAAAGGCGCUGGUUUAUCUCAUCUAGGAGAUAGCUACUGGGUCUGGCUGAGCUACUAAGGGUGGUCCACCGAUUUUUAGAAGGGUUUAACCAGCACCAUAACACUGCUAUGACUGCAUGAGCUAAACUUUGCUCAGGGAGGAUGUGUGAAAGGCCCCCAUCGGAAAGUGAAAGUGCGAGUAGACGGAACAGCGAAGAUUCUGGCUACGCUAGGGUUCUGCAAUUUUUACUGAGGAGCAUUGAAGCUAACCGAGCACGACUGUUCAGCAGUGCCCUGGAGGUGUUUUAUCAAGACGAUUCGGAUGAUGAGCUGCAACUGAACGGAAUAUAUACACUUGACAUGGGUCGAGGUCUGAUGUCAAGGAGAUGUUAUUUUCAACUUGUUUCAGCUGCUUCAUCACCAGACAACUCAAGGAUCCUAAAAAAUGAUCUUUACGAAAUUCUCAAGCAGCACUCGGGCUACAAUAACCAGGCACAACCAGAACAAAGUACUUCAAUGGCUGCACUGCUUCGGGAGAGAGAAUGUGGAAUGCCAUUUCGUGGUAUCUUCACAAGAGGAGACAAGUGCAGGAUGAGUUCAAGGUUGCUGCCAAACUUCCAAGCAGAUGCAGUGUUCUACCCAAGCAAAGCUUUUUGUGGAACGUUUGCCCGAAAUGGUGAUAUAUUUAUGACAGCGUGCCAGGACUGUGUGAUACGCAUCUAUGACACAAGCCAAGGUGACUUCAAGCUAUUCAAGUCUGUGUCUGCUCGAGAUGUGGGUUGGAGUAUUCUUGACAUGGCUGUUAGUCCUGAUGGUCUCUGCUUCGUGUAUUCAAGCUGGUCAGAAUAUCUUCACCUGUGCAACGUUUUUGGAGAGCACCAGGUCCAUGAGGCACUGCCACUUUGUCCCGAGGAUAGAAGGUUUUGCAUCUUCUCCUUGCAAUUCUCUUGCGAUGGAAAAGACAUUCUUGGAGGAGCAAAUGACUCAUGCCUCUAUGUAUAUGACAGAGAGGUGCACCAUCGUUCCUUAAGGAUACGUGCCCAUGAUGGAGAUGUCAAUGCUGUUGCAUUUGCUGACAAAACCUCACAGAUCCUCUUUAGUGCAGGAGAUGAUGGCCUUUGUAAGGUUUGGGACCGAAGGACGCUUAGUGAGAGAGAUCCUAAGCCAGUGGGUAUCCUUGCGGGACAUAGCAAUGGCAUUACCUUUGUUGAUUCUAAGAAUGAUGCCAGGUACCUCAUCACAAACUCUAAAGAUCAAACAAUCAAGCUUUGGGAUAUGCGAGCGUUUUCGUCCAAGGAUGGUAUCCAGGCAACGAAAAUGGCAGUAGCCUGUCAGAACUGGGACUACCGGUGGCAACGUGUACCCAAGAAACUUCUCGACCUCUGUGAAAAGCUGCCUGGAGACACAUCUUUGAUGACCUACCAGGGCCACACAGUGUUGCAGACCCUCAUUCGAUGCCAUUUUUCACCUGCUGCCACAACAGGGCAGCAGUUCAUCUACACUGGCUGUGCUUCAGGCCGCGUGGUUGUCUAUGACAUUUUAACCGGAAAAGUGGCAACUGUUCUGUCUGGCCACAGGGGUUGUGUGAGAGAUGUGUCAUGGCAUCCUUACCUGCCUGUACUGGUCAGCUCAUCUUGGGAUGGUUCUGUUUGCAAGUGGGCCUACAGCAGCGAACCAGAAAAGCGAGAUUCAAAAGGAAAGCUUGCAGAUGAACAACCCAAGUAACACAGGAUGCUGGUGCAGCCUCCAUUUUGAAGAGCUUGUUCUGAAGAGUCAACAUAUGCCUUACUAAAGUGCACUGGUGUCAGGUUAACUGUUUGCUUUUUUUUUCCGUUUUCUUUCUUUUUUUUUUACUGGGACCUGAUGUUUUGUAUCUUUACUUGCUGUUUCGUGCAAAGGGGAUGUGGGUAUGAACUGAAUGGUGUGUUACAAAGUGCAAAUGUUUAGUCAGUAAUGAACAUCAACUUGGGUGAACAAUCUAUAACAACAGGGCUCACAAGGUUUACAGCAUUCCGUGGUACAGCAUGCAGCUGCUUUGUUUUCUUGAGUAUCACUUUCUUGAUCUCAUUGUAAACACCACAGCAUCUGAAGAACCUUUUGGGUCCUGUGUAUGUGACACAGCUGCUUAUGUUUCUGGGGGGUAUACUACUUGCUGUCUUGAAAUAGGAGGCAUGCUGACCUGCUGCUCAGGUGUAUUGCUGGUUGUUACACUUGGAAAUAUGUUUUCGCUGGCUGUUAAAUAUGGGAAGAGCAAUUAAAGACACUGCAUUUUCCUUUAAGACAUCAUUUCCUUUAAGAUCAGUAAAAUAAUGUAAACAAGUAUGGCAUUCAUUUGGAUCAUUUAUGUGGUCUGAAUGUAAAUCAUAGUAUAUAUGGUUAUGUUUCAGCUUGCUUUAAUAGUUGGAAAGGUAAAGCAUGCAAAGAAUAAGAAAUGUGCUUUUGGUGGGGUCAGAGGAGGAGGCGUCAUUCACUGACAAAAUUUGACACUGCAAUUGUACCAAAAUGUUGCACGCAGCACAGAUUGCUUCCAGUGUGAUAUUAGUGUUGCUUCUUUUUUUUUUUUCGUAGUGCAAUAUAGCUGUACAAUAUUACAUCUUGUUUUAUACCCAUUUCAAAAGCGACUGCUUUUCAUAGACCAACAGGCUAUGACUCAUCACUACUUUUUUUUCCCCGCUUCAUCCUUAUUGGCUGCUGCUAGGAUAUUUUUCUUAAGGAACUGUAGGAAAGGGCUGUCGGUCUGUUUCCUACUCUGCUACACAAGACAAGUGCUUGGUAGAGAACCGAACUUUGAUGCCACUGUUAAAUGCAUGGUCGCAUUGGAUUUACAUAUUGUUAACAGUUUCCUUUCUCUCUUUUGCAUCUCUCUCUAUUGUUAACAGUAUAGUCAUAAUUAAGUCACAAACAUAAUGCAGUCAUUGUCAUAAUUAUCUCUGAACAAAGCUUUAGUAUGUUAUUAGUGGGUAUUUUGUGGUUGUAUCAUUUGGCUGUAGAUGACUGCUCAUUAUCCUCUGCACAAAGCAGCUAACUGACAGCCUUGCCAAGUAAACUGGGCUGAGUAAUUUCAUUCGGACCUGCUUCUCACAUUUUGAUGAGAACAGGCAUUCAUAAUUUCAUUUCAUGCAGUUGUGUGUGGGUUUGUUAUACUUGAGUUCUUGUAGGUGCAAUCCAUCCAAGCCAGCAGCUCCAUCUCAUGUGCUUCAAUUUAGAAGUGUUUGUGUGCACAUUUUUUUAUUUUUUAAUUCUUGAAGCUUCAUGUGAAAAAUAAAGUUGCGUGUAUCACAUUGUU